AUGCCGACCCACGCCCGCCGCCAGUCGCAUUCCUCGAUAGACCGAGUCUUCGACCUGUUGGCCGAUCUCGAAGAUACACAGAUCUCUCUGCUCUUGGACGACUUCAACCACACCACCCCGAGCAACGUCCCCGUUUCCAAGGCCAUUGACCUCUUCGAAACCGAUCCCAAGCGGAAGACGAGGCGUAGUUCCACCAUCAGGUCCUCCUCCCCGGUGAGGAACCUCCAGACAGAGCUUGAGCGGAGGCACAGCAGGAGGGUUGCGGCCAAGAUCGCUCCUCAACACCUCACCACCCAACGGCCACAGGCCAAGCCAACGACGCCAUACAUCACCACUCCCAAUGACCCCUCCAGGAGCCUGUCGUUUUCGUCGUCCGCUUCCGAGUACUCCGACCGUCCCGUGACGCCAACUGAUGUCCCCCCCAUGCCGUCUUUCCGCGCCCGCUCCUACAAGCGCAUCAGCCGGCCGACACUCCUCUCCCCAACAGCCACGGCCGAGCUUCACGAGUUGUUGAUGGCCUUUCUAUACGAAACUCCGAGCUCGUCGAACCUGACUUCGGCAACCACUUCGAGCGCCCCGUCGCCCACGACCCCCGACCCAGCCUCGCGCUUCUCUCCUUUCUCGUCUUCUUCUUCUUUCAUGUCGGCAGCAAACCGAACUAGAGCGAUGGAACCAGAACCAUUUUUCGACAUGUUUGAGCCCUCGCCUACCCGGGCGCCCGUUUCGGCAUUUGGUUCUUUUGGUGGGAGGACAAGAGCGGAGCCAGCAGCAGCAGUCAAUAUGAGUGGCAUAUUUGAAGUUUUGGCCUCCCAUUAG